AUGAGCAAAACAAAAGUAAUGAAAACCCAACAAAAUCAAAUAGAUAAUGUUAAUAUGAUUGACGACGAAGAAAGUAAUUCUUCAAUCGGAAAUUUAGAUUUAACUUUAUUAAGACGACCCAUUACAACAUCAAUCACUGGACUCGAAGAAGUUUUAAGAGCGUAUAAUGAUGGAACAAAUGAACUUAAAAAGUUACUAUCAAAAGAAUGUGAUUUGAUCUAUGAAUGUAAAGUGUGCCGAAAUAUUUUUCGUAGCCUCACUAAUUUUAUAUCACAUAAGCGAGUGUAUUGUCGAAACACAUUUAAUGCAUCUGAUCAUUUUCAUUUCCGUAACAACGGAUUCUUGAUUCAGGACGUAGCAGCAAUUAUAGAAGCUGAGCAAAAAAAUAAUAAUAAUCCUAUAGCUGGUGUUUUGCCAGGAAGCGAUGAUAAAUCUAAGGACCUCAGUGGCGUUGUUGAACAUAUUUUGUGGAAACAACAUCAAUCACGUUGUAGUAAUGUAACCGAUGUAUUAAAACAAAUAAAUUCAACAAAUCGCAGUUUAUCACAUCAUGAUAAUGAUAGUAAUUCACAACAAACAUUAUUAUUAAACCCAGUCAAAGAAUCUGACAUAGCUGUAUAUCAGUCAUUACAAACGGAAAGUAAUAAUAGCAACAUGGAAGAUGAAAUAAAAGAAGUUCAUAAUAUGCUAAAGAAAUCAAAUUCUAUGCUUGGCCCUGACGGAAAAAUUAUAAAUCAAAUGAAUUUAAAUAAUGAAAAAGUUUCUUCCUCAACUGGACCGCUGACAUGCAAAGUGUGCAACGUUCAAUUCGAAACAGAAAAAACUUUAAAGUUGCAUUUAGAAAUGAAACAUCUUCCGUCAGCUUACGUUUAUCAAUGUCCAUCAUGUCCACAAAAAUUUUCAACAUCUGCUGCUGUUUUGAAGCAUCUUAGCAACGACCAUAAAAAAUCAAAUCGCAGAAUCAGGCUCAUGCGAGAUAACAUAAUAAGGAAGCGUAUUCGUGCUGAUGAGGCUACAAUUAAAUGUCCAAGCACAUCAAGAGAAUUACAGCAGUUGCAACUUUCAAAAUCUUCUGAGAGUAAUCAUACAAAUGAUUUAGAAUGGAACACACAAAAUGUUAAAAUUGAGAAUGAUAUUGAUGAUUCAUAUGUAUGUCCCAGUUGUUUGAAAAAGUUUGACAGAAAGGCUGUUUAUACAAGUCAUGUCCAGAUGUGUUCGGAUAUAAAGGAUCGUGAACAAGAAAAGUUAAAGAAAAGAAGAGCUAAAGAUGGAAACAAAAUGAAACAAUUGAUGGGAAGUUCAUUAGAAUCUGAAGACAAUUCUAAUAUAAGUGAAAAUUCAAACAAACAUAAAAGGAAGAAGCGAUGUAAAGCAAAGAUUGGGGAAGAGGAGAAAAAGGUCGAAUUUGCGGAAGACAAUUCUGAAGAUAUUGUUGAUUGGAAUCUUGACGAUGAAGAAGAAAACAAGAAGUUAGAAAAUAUAAAAAAAGAAAUCAUUGAAGACGAUUAUAAAAAAAAUAUAGAAGCAGUAUCCUUAAAUCAUUCGGUUAAGUAUGAAAUAAAUAAUGAAAAUAGUUUACAGGAACAACCUGAUGAUGAUGACAAUGGUUUAAUAAUAGAUGAGCAAAUUGAUGAUGCUCAAAAUCAGGAAAUGAAAUGCCCUACAUGUGACAAAGUUUUUCCAACAAAUGAAAAGCUUAAAUAUCAUCUUACUUUUUAUCAUUCGAGGCAAAAGCGAUUUAAAUGUAAAAUGUGCGAAUAUCAAGGAUAUCGUAAAAAAGAUACAAUGAAUCAUAUUAAUUUUGUUCAUAGCACAAACGUAACUUUGGAGACAUUAAGUAGUUAUACUGAAACCGUUUCAAAAGCAGUCAACGAGGAGGAUGUGAAAAGACAAAAUGAAUUGAAAAAAAACCAAUUGAAAAUCAAACGAAAGAUUGCACGAGAAAGGCUGAGAAAAAAGGCUUCUGAAGCGAAAUCAGAGAUUGCACAAAUAGAUAAUGAUAAGAAGGCUGAAGACUUCGAUGAAAUAAGUUCAAUAGAAAUACCAGAUAAAUUACAUUCAGAUAUUGAUCUUACAGCAAAAGUAUUAAAUUCAAGACGAAAAUCAGUUUAUGCAUCUAUCGUUACAAAAGUUGAUGUAACAAAAGGAGAUCAUAAAGAUUAUGAAGACUUUAUGAAAAAACAUCAAAGUGUAAUAAUUAAAAAAGAGGAAAUUGAAGGUAGCCCAUCUGUUUUUGCUCAAUUAUCCAAAUCUCCACCGACUUCUAAUAUUACUCGUUUUGGAAAAGUAAUUAAAAAUAUUUCUAGUAUGAAUAUGAUGGAUUUAUCACAAAGCUCUAGGCCCAUCCGAAAUAGAAUCAAACCCGUUCGUAAAGAUUUCUUAUAUGAUUUAUCUGAUCUAUUGAAAAAAGAAGCUGACGCUUAUCGUGAACAAGCUUUUCAGUCGUCGUCAGUGACUGUUAAGCGAGAAUUAAGAAAGCGUGCAAUGUCAACUCACACCCGAGAGAUGCCAUCCAUCAAUACGUUUGAUCAACCAUUAAAGAAGUUAUCUCUGGAUGCGCUUGUACAACCUUUAAAUUCACUUUCAGCAUUGAAUAAUGUUGAAGAUUCACCAUCCAAAUUUAAAGAUCAGCGAAAUCGUAGAAUGAGUGUCUUUAUUCCUCCUACGAGAUCAAUGUUUCCACCACAACCUCGAUCUCCUCCAUAUAGACCGCCAGCAACACACAAAAAUGCAGGCUCUGCGUAUAAAAUGGCUUUAAAAGAAUUCGAUAAUAAUCGGGCCAGUUUAUACGAGCCAAAAUUUCUAUGGUCAAUUAACUUCGACCAAGAAAACGAGAAAUCUAAAACAGUUUUGAAUUCAUCUAAUGUUUCAGCUGCUUCAAGCAUAUUGCAGAGACUGAGUGGCAGAGCUUUAAAUUCCGAUAUAAAAUUGGAAGCAACAUCAGAAACUUCCAAUUCCUUGACAGCAGAACAGUUGUGUAAGAAAUUUGAAUUAAUAAAUGUUACAAAUAUCAAUGAACUUGAUAUACCAGUAUCAAAUACUAUUAACUUAAAUCCAGGAGCAACAGAAAAUAAUUUAAUGGCGCUCACAUUAGAUGAAACAGAUAAUGAUGUGUGCGUCUUACAAGAAUGCAGUGCAGAAUCAUCAGACGAUAAUGAUAAUGAUAGUGAUCCAAAAUUAGAAAUCGCGAGUAACGAGGACAACACAAAAUCAAAUAAAAAGCCAAAAAAUAAUUUGAAAAGGAAGCAAGCAGAAAAACGUAAGUCAGCAGCUUUAUGCCAGCGAAGAUUGACAGUAAUGCAAAGAUUACAAGAAAAUAAGAUUCGUAAAUCGAGAGAACAAUUAUUUCAACGACUGAUGAACCAGCAAACUGAAGAGGAUGAUCCAUCAGAAUUUGAUCUAUUUACAGAGUCUUAA